CUCUCUUUUCCCUCUCUCUAUACUUUUCUUGCUAUAUCUAUUUUUGGUUGCUUGCCCGUCAUUAUUUUUAAUUGUCUGUCUCUACCUCAUACCUCAACUUUCUCUUUUCUCAAAGCUUUUUUGAUCUGCCUCCUCUAUUACAAUUUUCUUUCUCUCUCACUAUUUUCUCUCCCCACUCUUUCCGUCUCCCUCUGUGUCAAUUUUUACCUCUCUUUCUUUCCCUCUCUGCUUCUGUCUCAACUUCUUUCUCUAGUUUAUCUCCCCCCACUAACUCUAUUACACUGUUAAUAUAGACAAUUGUUAGAUUUAGUCAUCUCCCUUUACGUAACUUCUAUAUUUUACUCUGUAUCUCUUCCUUAUCCUCUUUCAUUCAAACAUUCACUGUUGUUUCUUUCUCUCUCUCUCUCUCUUCCGCUAUAUAUACAUAAACCAAUCACUCUAUCAAACGUUUCUUCGUCAUACGCUUUUUCUUUCAUUCUCUCAUUACUUCAUCAACUGCUUCUUUCGUGCGGGAUACUCCACAACUUCAAGGCAUAAAAAUACAUAAUUCUGUAUAUAUUAUAUGUGCAUUUGUAUGUUGUAGUAUGUUAAAUAAGUGAAACAAUUUAUACAAAAAAAAAAAGGAAAAAAAAAGAUAAUAUAAAUUAUAUAUUGUCGACCGCCUGCUGCUGAAGCACGGGUGACCAAAAUUUAUGACAACAGAGAUUAGUCAUUUAUCAAAAAUUUCACUGCAGAACUAUAGAACUCGGACCACCUUGCCGAGAGAAUUUUGUUUCUCGCAAUUAUUACAUCUUCCGAACUUCAUAACUGAAUGCCGUGAUGCCAAUACCCGUAAUUAAUGAGGGAUAAUUUACAAUAAUAAUUAUUAUAUAGUAUUAUCAUAUGCCUUUAGUAGAAGGCAUGAAACUCACUACUUCCAAUCACUCCCACUCUCCUUUGAAUUCAAGAGCGGAACCAUCUAUCUUACCAAAAGAAAACACGUGUGUGUAGAUCGAACAUAACUAUUGACAAGAAAAGAGAUCCCUUAUUUAUGUUUAUAGAUAAUUCUAUUUACUCGGAUUUGUACUUUUAAACAAGGAAGCUAAACUAGAUUGUUUAAUCAGUGGUAGUACACGGGAUAUGAAAACAUUACGAAGAAAUAUUUAAGUACUGUGAAAGUAUACUGCUCACCAUCCAUUUACUCAUCUCUGCUCCAUCAUCUCUGCAAUCUGGCAAGAUCUAUCUUUUAUUAUGCUAGCACUGAUGAUGACAGCCUUGAAGUUUUGUAUCUGACCAGAGGAAAGGGGUUUCCAGUGGUUUCUUGAAGAUGCCCCCUCUUCUUUGAGGACACAAAUUGACAUGCAGAAUACCAUAGCCGAGCAUUGUUAUAAUCAUCAACUUUGGAGAUUACCUUAUCUACCAGAAUUGGGAACUAAAAGUUCUUUCCAGAGACGCAAACAUUCCUACAUAAUUCUUUAAACUAACAUGACCAGAAUAGUUAUUAUUCUGUUUAAAUUAUAAUUAAAUUAUUUAAGUUCUAAUUAUGACAAUGCAAAUAUUUAAAGAAGCUUAAGCAAUUCCUACUACUUUCGAGGGAAAAUACUAUUAGAGAAUAAAAAUGGAGAAAAGUGACUUAGAUGAGAAUUUUACAUACCAAGAUGAUAUCAUUCGUCGCACACGGAAAGCAAUCCGUGAUUUGCAUACACUUCGUAAUGAACACCUCAGCAUCAUCAAUAAUAUCAAAAUGAAUUUCAAAAGCAAUGUAGUUGAUACAAAUGAUAUAACAGUAGAAAAACUUGAUGUUUUGAAACAUUCCCAAGAAGCAAUAGACUUGGCUUUGGAAGAAGCAGAAAUAACAAUGCUUUUGACAAAACAUUUGCAGUAUCUUGAAGGAGAGAACUUGAAACUGCGUACUGAGGUGUCACUUCUGAGAAAAGAGAAUGAUUGGUUAAGAAGUGAAUUGUUAGAUGCUCAGACCAAAUUGCAAAACUGUCAAGAAUCUCUUGUAGUUGCUGAGGAGAAAAUAAAGCACUUUGAGUUCAUGAAAGAGUUAAAUUUUGAUGAGAAUGAAGAAAAAACUGAUUAUGAUAGUGAGGGCAAAUGCCGCCCUUCAUCUUUUGAUUUGAGUUUCUUGGAUGACAUUGUAGAAGAUGCAGAAAGUCCUGGCUAUGAAAUUCCUGCUCGAUUCCGAUCGUUGUAUGACUUAAUAACACAGUAUGUUAUGCAAGGUCGACAUCAGGUGGCAUUAACUUUAUGUAAGCAAACAAUACAGAAUUUAGAAAAAACUAGUCGGUUUAACCCUGAAGAAGCUAUAGUCCUACAUAUGCAGGCUCGCAUCUAUAAAGAUAUGGGCAACAUGCAAGAAGCUGUCAGAGUGUUAAAAGCUGCUCUUUUAAUAAGAGAAAACACUGUAGGUCAUGAACAUCCUUCUGUGGCAGCAGUUCUAAAUAACCUUGCUGUGAUAUAUGGAAAAAGUGGUAAUUUCAAAGAUGCUGAAAAAAUGUGUAAGAGAGCUCUGGAAAUAAAAGAGAAAAUUCAUGGUACUUAUCAUCCUUCGGUGGCAAAAUUAUUCAAUAAUCUGGCACUUCUCUGUCAAAAUCAAAACAAAUAUGAACAAGCAGAGUACUAUUACAAUCAGUCUUUGGAAAUAUAUAAAUCUAUGUUUGGAAAUGAUCAUAUGUCGGUAAUGAAAAGUAAAAAUAACCAUGCUUCUUUAUAUCUUCGGCAAGGAAAGUAUCGGCAAGCUCAGGAUAUCUACAGAGAGUUCUUAUACAGUUUUGUGAAAAGAAAUACGGUAGCAUCGAUGAUGACAGUGGGCAUACUUUAACUCCUCAGGAACAAGAAAAUGGUGGCUUGUUAAUCUAUUAUAUAAAAAAAAUAUGCGAACGGAGUAAAAUGGGUUUGAACGUUUUUAAGAAUCCUGCAUUGAUCACAACUUUGGUGAACAUGGGUAUACUUCAUAGACUUAUUGGUAAAAACAAAGAAGCUUCUCUCUUUGAAGAGAGUGUCUUUAGAAUGAAAAAGACUAACAGCCGCUAUAAACUAGUAGCAGUUCCUGAAGAAAAUUGAUUUAUACUGUAUACAUACAUACACACAUACUGUUCUACACUACUACAACUCAGUUUAUCACAUCACAAUAAAUUAUUGUGUAAUUAAGGUGCUGCACUCAUAAUGAAUGCCUAUACACACUGUUCAAAUCAUACAACAUAAAUUCUACUGCAUCAUUUAUGGAUCACAUGCACUUCAAUCUUUGUAUUUCAAACUCAAAUAGAAAGUACAAGACUCUUAAUGUUUGAUAUAUAAUUGUAGUCAAGCAGGCACGUUACUCUGCACACUCUAUUGGGAAUAAAUUUCACUUUGCAUGUAAGCUGCAUUGAUGUUUACUCAGAGUGGAAUUAAGGUACUGUUUACAUUUUUUUUCACCUGACACUCUACUUUCCUUGGUGUCUACCACUUCCACUGUUUAAGAUAAAGGGCAAUAAAAUUUAAGACUCCAACUCCACCAAGUGAAAAUUUAUAAACUUCCAUACCCGUCCAAACCUGAAAGUCAAAAAUAAAAUACAGAACAAAAAAGUAACACUAAAAUCUGUAAUAUCAGACCUGAUUUGUUAUAAAUUAUCAGAACGGUAAACAUAAUGAAUACUUCUGAAUGAAUUAGGAAUUCUAAAAUUUUAAAACAUUUCCUGUGAUCUUUUUACACCUUGUUUGUUUACUACUGUUAUGAUAACUUUCAUGCACUUAAUUUAUUUCAGGCUAACUUCAGAAAUAUUUAACAUUUUCAACUCCAUUACUGACAGCAGCUUAAUAUAUAUGCAUUUUGGUAUACAGACAGGGGAAAGUGCUCAGAACAUGUACACUAUUUGUUUGAAACUGGUAAUUUAAUUCUUUGCUCUUCAAGUUUUUGCCAGGUGCAAUUCUUCAGAUGACAAAAAGAGGAAACAUUGACUGUGGCAAGUGAUGGAAUGAAUCAUUGGAUUUGAAAAACUAUACAUAUAUACAUAUAUAUAGUUAAACUUUCAUUGUCUAAAUUUAGAUGGGUAGGGUAUAUUUGUUCAGAUAACUGAUCUGAACAAAAGACAUCAUAUUGAACAAAAUUACAAAACCUUGAAAUAUUGUUCUAAUAAUCUGAAAUAUGUACAAUGUUAUGUUCAAUUGUACUUUAUUACAUUUAGCCAAAUCAUUAAUGAGCUCUCUACAGUAAAAACAUGUAAAUGAAGCUAUCCCCUAUGGUAAUAGUUUAUUUUCUGAUUGCUGUAUAUACAACAGCUGAAUAUUCUAUGCUGUUGAUUGGGGAACAAGAUUGGGUAUGUCUUUUCUGAGGAGUGGUUGACAAAUUGUGAAAUGUGGGACUCCCCCAUCCUUUUAUUUCAUGUAAAGAAAGCAUAAAAUGAAUGUUUACUUUCUAAUAGUUCAAUAUCAUAGCUAAAGCCUUGUAAUAUUUAAAUAUGUGUCUGUGUGUGUGUGUAUGUAUGGUAUGAAAUUAAUGGUGAUAUAUAUAUAUAUAUAUAUAAGUAAAGAAUGGCUGAAUGGCCAAGCUUGCUUCACAGUUAUGAGGUUUUGGGUUCAAUUGCAUUGUGUGGAAUCUUUGGCAAGUGCCUUUACCAUAGUCCUGAGUCACCUCAAGUUUUGUUAGUGAAAUUGGGUAGACAGAUGAACUGUACCAAUAACUUUAAGUGCAACCUUCUCAAACUGUGUCAUGCUAGUAGUAUUUCAGAAUUAUGUUAAAGAUACAAGUGUCUGUGAAAUAUUCAACCACUUUGCGUGCUAAUUCAGUAAGUUGGUUAUUGAGUUGAUUGAAUUGCUGGAUGCGCAAUCAAUCAUAAUCAGUAGGUUAGCUAAAUUAGUUAAGUAUAACCAUUGCAUCAUGUCUUUUUAUUGGUAGAAUAAUGCUUCCAAAACAUACCUGUUUCAACUCCAAUUUUCACAUCAAGGCUUGGAAUGUGUGUGUGUGUGUGUGUGUAUACACACAUAUGCGUAUUUAUUGAAUCUGUGGCAUAUUGAAGGUUCCCUCUGCUUGGUUUGGUGAUCCCUUGUCUCCUUUUGUUACAACUCUGAUAUAUAUGAAUAAAUGUGUAUUUAUAUUAUCAAAAGGAUGAAACAGCAGAAAACCAAGAAAGGAAAAGAAAAUGAGAAAUUCUGCUUGUAUAAUGUGUGUAGUAAGAAGAAAAAUAUUUACAAACACAUUUCUUUUAUCUUUCAUUGCAAAUUUCCUAUUAAAUUCUGAUUUUAUGGUAUGGAGUACCUAGUCAAUUGUAAUCAUUGCAAAACUCUAAAGUAAUACUUUAAUGAAGAAAAGAUGUAUGCAAAUAUAUGCUGACUGAAUAGAGAUCUGAUGGAACUAGGUAUAAAUAGUGAGGGAAUUUUGUUUGUCAGACAUGAAAUUUGAGUAGCUGUUAGUUGUGUUUGGACUUGAAAAUGUUAACAUUGUUAUUCAUUUUUCUUACUAUUAAACAACAUUGGUGUAACAAAUACAAUUUAUUUAUUGAACAAUGCAUUGUUAUAUCAUAUGGACUGAGGAAAAAAAAACCUAAUAUAAUAUGAUCAAAUAUAAAUCUCAAUUAUUUUUUACAAAUUAAAUUGUUGAAUUAUG